AUGGAAGGAGAUAUAAUUUUAGUGGCAGUUGAUGCAAGUAAGGAGAUCACAGAUUGUGCACUUGAAUGGGCAGUGCGUAAUGUGGCAAGUGCUUCAGACUCUCUAAUCCUUCUAGCCCUUCUUCCUUCACAGACGUGUUCUCUCGCAAGUCCAAAUGUUCAAAAACAUCGUUCGAGAACGUCUCAGUUCUUCUCUUGCCUGCUAAAGAAGUUCGGUAUAGGCUGCAGCAAAAAGGGGAGUUCUUCUGAUGAUAUAGUUCUCAUUAAUGGAGUUCACCACGACGUUUUCGAGAGAAUCAACAAUGUCUUUUCUCAUAUGAUGCAGGAACUAUGCUCAGCUCAUGAUCUUAUGCAGGUGCACACUGAAGUGAAAAUUGUGGCUGAUGUGCAAUUGAGUUUGGUUGCUUUGAAAGCUAAAGAGCUUCAAGCAACUUGGGUAAUUCUAGACAGACACUUGAAGAGAGAAAGUGAUUAUUGCGUGAAACUACUGAAUUGCAAUAUUGUGCUCAUGGAUCAUGCCAUGCCGAAAAUCCUGAAAGCAGUAAAUCUACCAACAGUCAAGAGCUUUAAUAAGGGAAACCAUCAAAUCGACGAAUCAGAAAAUGACAUGUCUGGUUUGGUUCCUAGGAAGUUUCAUGAUUACAUUAGUAAUGUCACAACUCAGAGCAGCCUAGAUGCAGAGAGUCCCAUUUUCGAUACAGACAUGUCAUGCUCAUUGUCUAGCCCUUCCACAAGCAAUCUUAUUCCAUACAAGAACUUUCUUGAUCUGAAUUCCCAGUACUUCCAUGAGAAAGUGGAAGCACAAGUAACAUUCAAAAAGUCUCAUUUGCACAGCAAAUUCCAACCAUUUAAUAAGGCAUCAAAUUUUGUCACUGGCAAAUCACAUCCAAAGUUAUUGGCCAAUAAUCCCUUGUAUGAGAAAAACAACAGCUUUGAUGGUAUUUCAGAAAUUGAUAUUUCAAAAGAAAUGGAAGAAGUUUAUGGUAAUAUUACACAGAAGGCAAUUGUUCCACCUAGAAGAUCAGUUGACUCAGCAAGCUUGAGGCAAAAUCUUGGGAGCUCACACUCCUCUAAACAUAUGAUUACUAUAAGAGACUCCAUAUCCGAUAACAAAACCGAACCCCUUGUUGAGUCUUCCACUUCUCCAACCAUCAACAGAACAUCGAGCGUAAGAAAAGCCAUGUCCCUAUACAUAAAACAACCACCAAACCCUCCACCUCUAUGUUCUAUAUGUAAGCAUAAUGCUCCUAUUUUUGGCAAGUCACCAAGGAAGUUCAGCUUCAAAGAGAUAGAAAGAGCUACCAAUGGAUUCUCAAGUGAAAAUUUCUUGGCAGAAGGUGGUUUCGGUCCUGUACACAAAGGGGUCUUGCCUGAUGGGCAGGUUGUUGCUGUGAAGCAACAUAAAAUGUUGAGUGCUCAAGGGGCAUCUGAGUUUUGCUCCGAGGUUGAAGUGUUGAGCUGUGCACAGCAUAGAAACUUAGUGAUGUUGGUGGGUUACUGCACCGAAACUGAGUGGCUUCUGGUGUAUGAGUUUGCUUGCAAUGGUUCAUUAGACAAACACUUGUAUGGGACAGAGAGAAAAGAGCUGAUGUCUUGGGAAAAUAGGAUGAAAGUUGCAAUAGGAGCCGCAAGAGGACUGAGAUAUCUACACGAAGAUUGCCGAGUCGGUUGCAUUGUACAUAGAGACUUCAGACCCAAUAACAUCCUCCUCACUCAUGACUUUGAACCCAUGGUAGGAGAUUUCGGACUUGCAAGAUGGCAAGUGGAUGGCCAGUCAGCUGAGGAGACGCGGGUUAUCGGUGCAUUAGGGUAUUUAGCACCUGAAUACACACAGAGUGGACUUAUAACAGAGAAAGCUGAUGUGUAUGCAUUUGGGGUGGUUUUGUUGGAGCUCCUAAGUGGCUUUAAUGUUACUGAAUUCUCAAGAAGAACAGGGCAACAGUUUCUAUCAGAGUGGGGCUCUCCAUUGCUUGAAAGCAUGAAAAUCAAUAAGAUCAUAGACCCUAGAUUGGGAAACAAUUAUGUGAAAAAGGAAGUACAAUGCAUGAUGGUUGCUGCCAAUCUUUGCAUCUCACCCCACCCUGAAAAGAGACCAAGGAUGUCAAAGGUAUUGAAAAUACUGGAAGGAGAUCUUCUUACUGAUACGGCUUGUGAUCACAGACAGAAGCCCUCUCUUUGUUCGUCACAAGACGCAAACAGUAGCCAAGCUACUGAUCAGCCAAGUCCACCAAGAAUAAGUGGGCGAAGAGAGAAUCAGCAUAGCACAAUCAAGCCAAAGAAUCUCUCCAAGAACCAACCGGAAGUUGAUGACAGUGAAGAAUAUCAAGCAUACUUGCGCAAUUCACUGGCCAAGUUUGUUCAAAACUUGAAUGGAAACUAAAGCAUGAAGUUCUUAGAGCAGGAUGGAAUUUGAAUUUUGCAGGGAUUAUUAUACCAAGAAAGCUGUAAAAAUUUAUUAGGGGGAAAAACCAAUAA